AAAAUUCGCAGAUAUUUAUUCAACAGUGUUUGUGGAGAGGAUAGUCGAAAUUGAAGCGGUUGAUGAAAAAUUGAAUUAGAAUUGAUUAAAAUUUAUGUGCGGCAGAGGAAUUUUUUAAAUGCUAACAAAAACUUCUCAAAAUCCAAGUAAAUAGGUGAAGAGUUGGUGAAAUAAUUAUAGAUAAAAUUGCCGUGAUAGAAUCGGAAAAACGAAGUGGUUAACAAAGUGAAUUUUUAAUAUAGAAACGAGCACAAAAAAGCGAGAGAAUAACUGUGUUUUCGACAAAUUGUAUUACUUGUCUACAGUCAGAAUUAAAUUUUUUUCAAAGUGAUUUCAUCGUUAAAUUUUAUCGAAGAAAGGCUUGAAAUUAAUUUGUGUUCGUUUCGGCUUGGCUGCUUGUCCAUAGUUCGGUUGUUUCUUAACUUCCUGAGAGUGUAUGAAUAAUUGGUAAGACGUUAACGACGUCGCUUACCAAUGUUUUCUUUUGUACAAAUGAACUUCAGCGCUUUAUCGGUAUUACUAUCAAGAGUGUGGACAUGCAUCUGUUUUAUGUUCAACAGACAAGUUCGCUCGAUUGUACAAUAUCAACCAGUCAAAUAUGAGCUCUUCCCAUUGUCGCCGGUGUCCAGACAUCGUCUCGGUAUUGUUCAACGUAAAACUCUUGUAUUAGAUCUAGAUGAGACGCUUAUACAUUCACAUCAUAGCGCAAUGUCACGCAAUACGGUUAAACCUGGUACACCACACGACUUUACUGUAAAAGUAAUUAUUGAUCAUCAUCCAGUACGUUUCUUCGUACAUAAAAGGCCCCAUGUAGACUAUUUUUUGGAUGUGGUUUCACAAUGGUAUGACCUAGUCAUAUUUACAGCCAGUAUGGAAAUAUAUGGAGCAGCAGUUGCUGACAAACUGGACAACGGACGUAAUAUUUUACGUCGGCGAUAUUAUCGUCAGCAUUGCACACCUGAUUUCAGUUCUUACACCAAAGAUUUAUCUGCUAUUUGUAGUGACUUGAAUAGAAUAUUCAUAAUUGACAAUUCACCAGGCGCAUAUCGUUGUUUUCCUAAUAACGCGAUACCAAUAAAGAGUUGGUUCUCCGACCCAAUGGAUGUUGCGUUACUCUCACUACUUCCAAUGCUGGACGCCUUGAGAUUUACAAAGGACGUACGUUCAGUUUUGUCAAGAAAUUUACAUUUACAUCACUUGUGGUAGCAGUUUUACAGAUUAAAAAUUUGGUGCUGUGACGCUUAAACGAA